UUGUCAAGGCAACCACCAUCAACGGAUCAUAUGGGAUCUGAGGAUCGCUGAAGUACUGAUCAAAGAGAACUGCGUGGAAAGGGUUUCAGUAACUCCUACGGUUAGGUAUAAAGCUUUCUCCUAUGCAUUUAUUGUGUUAGGGCUUUGUGUUUAUUGGCAGAGCCCGUGUAACGUGGAUGUUCACAGCUGUUGGGGGAACAUAUGGGAUUUGUCGUCGUUUCGAUAACCGGCCGUGCUAUUUUAUGUACUGUACAUGUACGGAGGCCAGGGCACAGAGAGAUCUAAAACUUCAUGAUGCGCCUCUCAUAAACACACCAGCUUAUUUAGGCCACAUUUCUGGGUGUUGACAGAGAGUCCUGUGGAAUAUAUUUGAGCACACUUGGCGUGCAGGAGUUUGUGUUAAGGAUCCACUUGAUCUGGGCGGUAACAUGAGUAAGAAGGCCGCCCGCACCAUACUAGAGUACGUCCUGUACCCGGACAUGGAGGCGGACGAAAAUGUCGCCAGCCCGAAAACAAUGGCAGCUUCGGACGAUAAUCGGCAGGAGAAAUUGGGGACUGUUGGCAUCGGAGAAAAGGAGACAACAAGAGUAAAGAACGACCAACAAAAGGCAGUCAUCUGUACCGACAACAACAAUCGGCCCCAACAGGAGGACGAGGUGAGCGAUGUGGUGAUCCAGGCGGUGUUCGGGGACCACAUCUCCCCCGAACAGGUCAAAGCCGGGAUCAAGUUCAACCCACUGUACUCAGAAAAUGCCAAUUCAAACGCCGCCAGGACGCACUACGGAACCUACAACUACCUGGACGUGCAUCACCUGAGGUCACUGCAUACAAAGGAGGCUGCGCCGGAGUUCCACUCCCCUGAGUCACAUCACAUAGGGACCAAUGGGGACGUCAUCGUACCAAACGGUUCAGAAAAGCCGGCUUUUGUACAGCUGGAUGCCGCACUUCGGAAAUCUGAAAACGGACCCAGGAAAAAUGGAAUCUUAGCAAACGGCCCUGCCGGAAAACAGAAAGCUAACGGAUGUGUUAAAUGGGCACCUCUGCCGCAACUUGUCAAGAGCGCCUCCUUACAGAAGUCCAACAAUGCACGCACACAGGACAAAAAUGACAACAAGGAAAAGAAAGCGUCCAGUCGUCUGUACGAUACAACUGACGCCAUCAUGCACGGGUACGACACUCUCAUCUGGAAAACUCUGGAGAAGAAGAAAAGACGAUACGUUCUGAGAGCCUUUCUGUGCGUGCUGGGCAUUUUGAUACUUCUCGGGCUGUUCGUCAUGGCUGUGGUUCUCCCGCUGUACUUCUUCAAUUUCUUAGGAGGUUGAUACGUACCGUGCCCGCACAUUGUAUGAUCUGUUGUGUGAGAGGUUAACACUACGUAAAACUUUAUGUACAUGUACUGUAUACGAGAAACAUUUCGCAUGAGACUUAAUGUAUUGCGAGUUCAACACUCCCUUAGAGGCUUUAUAUAUUGUCUACGAGUUUAUUACUCCGCAUUAGACAACUUAAUAUUAAUCUUCGCCUUAGAUAAUUCAUUAGGACGUAUUUUAAAAGCUACAAAUGUUGGUGUGGUAUUGCAAUGAGUCUGCCAAACCGGAGUGGUAGCAUUUACAUACCUUAUGUUACCCACUAAGUGUAUAAAUCUGUGUGUCUUUACAUAAAAAAAAACACCUCCUUUGUUUUGAAGUAUCAUGCGUGAAGGAUGUUAUUCCUUUAUGAUGUAAAGAAGAUAUUACAUAAUAGUACAUAUUACAGAAUAAAGACUGUACUAAAUGUCCACACUCCUGUUCACAGGCUUUUUAUUUUUUGCUACAUGUCAACAUCAAUUUUUGAAAAUAUCAUUAGCACAUUGUGAUGUCUCCCCAUCACGGGUUCUCCAUACUGUACUCUCAGUUUACAUCAUCAGUGGAAUUGAACAUAUUAACUAAACCAUGACAAUAAAUAUUCACAUUGUAUUACCAGAAGUUUUUGCACAGAUGGUAACUGACAUGGUGUCAAAACAAAAGGCAUUGGUUCGUUCUUGCAUGUUUAUCACUAAGUUCACCAUAAAUAAAGGGUACAUACAUGACAAGUUAUGAAAUAGAGGACAAAUAAAAAUAUUGUCUUUUCAGUAGUGACAGAUCGAAUACUGGAAGGACAUGGACGCCUCCUUGCACUUCACAAUUGAACUGCAGUUCUUAACACAUUUUAUGUACAUGCUCUGCAGGUAAUUAUUCAAAGCUAUCAGCUUCAAUGGCACAAUGAGAGGAACUGCAUGUAGUGCCAGCAUUGCCCCUAUAUAAGUACACUAUGUUAUACAAUACUGCACUGCUCAAUGUCUACAUGGUACCAGGUCAAUGAACAAGAAGCAAAGGAUGAUAGAACAUUGUGGUAGUAGUUAUGAAGCAGUCUCUAUGAGGUAUCAGUCUUGAGAUAUUAUGGUGACAUGUUGGAUUUAACAAUAUGAAAAUCCACUGAAAUUUUGGUAUCAAAUAAUGAAAAGAUCGCGAUAUCUGAUCUACUGCUCUUUUUGGCAGCAUUAGUCAAUCCCCCGGGACAUCAUUAGCCAGAAAUUGUGGCAUGAGACUGGCAGCUAGCUAACACUGAU